AUGCUUCCCCACAUGAAGAUCGCUAAGCUGCUGCUGCUGCUGCAGUCUCGACCUGGCGGCCGUUACAUAUCCUUCCAGAACCUCAUGUGGUUCCUGGAACAAGGCUUAAUAAUAGCCACGCGAAUUUUCCAGAUUCGCUUAGCAAGACAGGAGGAGGCGAAGGUGGCAUUCGCUGUUGUGCCAGGGACACUUGAUAUUGUUGCAAGUGCCAGACAGUGGUGCUGCUAA